AUGCACAACCAUUCUUAUUACACUAUUUUAUUAACAAUUGCACUAAUCCACACCACAGGAUGCCACGGGUUUCUCCACAGAAACAUUAAAUUUAUACUACACUCAAUGACGGUGUAUGGAAAGCCUAAGAGGCUUCACAAGACGCCUCCUUGGGCCCACCUAUUCGAAGAAAAAGUCGAACCCUCUCCCCUUGGUGAACCAUGGGCAAAACUAUCUAAAGACGUGGCCAAUGGCGAACGUCGUGUUAGACUAACAGUCAAAAAAUCACACCUUCAAAUAUAUGCAGCAGUUGUGGACGAUUAUAAAAACCAAGUAAUCUGCAUAGCAUCCUCGAAUCUCCCCGUGUUGGCGGACGUGCUGGGGACCGUACCCACAAAGGAUCCCACAGUAAGGCGUAACAAGGGAAACAAUGUCAAAGCAGCAUAUGAAGUAGGGAAGCACAUAGGCCGCCUGGCCCUAGCUAAGGGAGUGGCUAAGGUUUACUUUGAUCGUGCUGGGUACAAGUACCAUGGAAGAGUGGAGGCAGUUGCCAUAGGCGCUAGAAAGGUUGGACUGCAGUUAUGA